GUUUUUCAUAUGACUUCAGUGAUUUUUCACAAAACGCUCAAGUUUUUACGACAUAUCAAUAUCCGAAUGAAGCGUUAAGCAAGAAUGCCGAAGAAAACGGAAAGGAUACAAAAAGAACCUAUACUUUUUAUAGGGUACGGAAUUUUAGUUUUUUGACGUACUUCCCCGAAAAAGCAACAGGAAGCUACUGCAACUGUCAGGUUCCGGGUGGUAUCUUCUGCAGAGAAAAGAGUCACGCGCCAAAACGAGAUGUCAAAGUCACAGGCAAAAGAAAAUACUGGCAAGCAGACGGCCCAAACGGGCAAGCAGACGGCACGCUUAAAUGAGGCAAAGAAGGAGCUAAAAUGUGGCAUAUGCACGGACAAGUUCCAUGAGCCAAAGCUAUUGUCAUGUCUACAUUCUUUCUGUACGAAUUGCCUAAGGAGGUACGUGGAGAAAGGAAAAUUCAAGACAAAGUUCCCGUGCCCUUUGUGUAGCAGAAGCAUUGACAUACCGAAAAAUGGAGGGAUAAAGUCGCUGAAAGCAAACAUGUACCUAAUGGCAUCAGAGAGCACCGACAAAGCUCCACCUUGUGAUAUAUGUGAUCAAGGAAACCGCUCCACUGAACGAUGUCUGGACUGUGAGGAAAACAUGUGUCAGAGUUGUCUUUCCUAUCACAGCAAGAUGAAGGCAACCAGAGUCCAUAGAACUGCUCCCAUCGGUGAUAAUGCAAAGUCAAAACCAAAGAUUCAGCAGAAACAAUUCUGUGACCAGCAUGAACAAGAGGAACUACGCUUCUUCUGUAUUCCAUGUGCCAAGAUCAUCUGCAGAGACUGUAAAACACUCUCCCAUACUGUCCACCAAACAAUGGAAAUCAAUGAAGUAGCCGAAUCACGGAAGCGCGAAAUUGGAAAAGCCGUCCGCCACACGAAAGACUUCUUGCCACGCAUUGCCGCCCAUGUUAAAACAUUGAACACAAUGAUGAAAAGUCUAGGAAACAAUACACAAGAAACGACCAAAGACAUUAAAGCACAAGCUAAGAAGUUUCAUGAGGAAGUUGACAGAAUGGCAGCGGAAAUGAUCUCAGAAAUUAAGCAAAAGAAUAAAGAGAUGGAAAAUACACUGCAACGUAAUAUAAAAGCUACGGAGGUCGUACAUGCUUCCAUGGAAUCCAUUAUUAUGGCAGCAGAGUCGUUCAUGAAUGUCGGAAGUGAUCAUGACAUCAUUGAAAACUCCGUCAACAUCAAAAAUCGGGUAGAAAAUUUGCCAAAGGAAAUCCCUGGGGAAUCUGUAGAGUUCAUUGAAUUUAAAUUCCGCCCUGGUCCAAUUCCGUCUACGGAUCUGUGGAGUUGCUUCGGAAACUGGACAUCCGACGUAGCCGCCAAUGUUGCAAUAUCCAUACCACGUCAAAUUGGACCCGCCAUGACCUUGAUCGUACGCGAAUUAAGUUCGUUCGCUGUGCUGGGAGGCAAAGCUAUUAUAUCCAUCGCUCCGUCUAAAGAUGGAAAUGCCUGGAUAUGUAACAGUUUAUCUGAGCAUAUUUUUCAGUAUACGAAAAGUGGGCAAUGUAGGUCACACAUCAAAACGGGCUCAGAGGUCGGAGAUAUUUUUGUAGCGUCGGAUGAUACCGUUAUGAUGUCUUUCCCGUCUCAAAGAAAAAUACGCAGAAUGACAGCAAAUGGACAAAUAUCUGACUUCGCCAAUCUACCAAUGUAUCCUGCCGGAGUUACCCAAACGGAGCAAGGUGAUGUUCUAGUGUGCGCCAUGGAAAAGCUCGGGGAAUCUGUACGGGGACCUGAGUCAAAAGGAGCUGUACUGAGGGUCAACAACUUUGGAAGGGUAGAAAAGUUCGACAAGGAGAGAAACACCACUCUCUUUACCAGACCUAUUCGGAUAACUGUAAAUGCUAAUAAAGACAUCAUCAUCUCGGAAUGGGCGAAAGGAAACGAUCAUGUUGUAGCUCUGACAUCAGAUGGGAAGAUGAAAUGGCGCUAUUACGGUCCAAAGACAAUCGAGCUGAACCAACCGUUUGUUCCAAAUGCCUUAGCCACAGAUAAAUAUGGUCAGAUUUUGAUUGCCGACUCCCACAACCGUGCGGUUCAUCUGGUGGACAAAGAUGGUAAUUUCAUCAAGCUUCUACUUACAGAGAAGGACGGACUAGGGGAGCCAUGGUCCGUCGCUGUUGACAUCGAAGGUUUCCUCUGGGUUGGAGACACAGAAGGAAAUGUUAAAGUUUACAAAUAUAUGUCUUAGAAAAACAUGUUUCAGUAAUUUAUUAAGAUGUUCAGAGACACGCCAUUUUAUUUUCUUUUUUUUCUUUUUUCACAUGAAUGAGUGCAUGGCAACUGAUUUAUCCAAUAAUAAACGAAAAAAUAUA